AGUGAAGAAAAACUUCAUUCUUUAAUUUUUGUCCUUGUUUCCACAAUUAAUGGUGUAAUUGAGCAGUUGCUGGAUAUAAACGUAGUAAAAUAAGUUGUGCUGAUGCUAAAGUUACAUGAAAAGCAACAAUGAGAUUGAAACGUUCAAGACGAAAGAGAGUGCCACCAUACAAGACUGGCGAGUCUUCAGAAUGGCUCAUAGAAUUGACCCCAGAUAUACCUACAUCAGAACAAGCAUUGGACUAUACCUCUCAUAAGAGUACCACUUUAAGAUAUCCUACUGAGGUAAAAGGGCUGGAUUUGGACCCACUGGUGAAACUGACACCCUAUGAUUAUAAAGUUAAUGGCUUGACACCAGUGCAGAUAGGACAUCGUGAUUUUGAACACAUUGAUUGUUCAAAUGUUAAACAAGAAACUGAUGAUUCAAACUUCACGACUGAGUAUGCAUAUUACAAUGAUGGAGAGCAUGAGAAAGAACAGCUGUAUGAAGUCUCUGGUGAAGAUGAUACAACCAAUCAAGUUGAUGUAAAUGAUGAUGUAAUGGAUGCUGAUACAGAAACACCUGAUGUCAUAGAGAUGUCAGAGACAGAUGAUGUGUAUGAGGUUUCAGCAGAAAAUACAGAUUUUGAGUGGGCAGAUAUAUUAUAUAUUGAAAGACUAGACAGUGCCUUUUCUCCUCAUUUCAUUCCUAACCCAAUGAAACCAUUGCAAAUAUUUUCAGGGUAUGACUUCACACUAGAUCUGCCAGUGUGUUGCAAAUGUUCUUUCAUCUUUUUCUGCAAUGAACACAUGUUAAAGCACAAAAAGGAACACUGUUCUAUGUAUCUCCAUACAUUAAGUCCUACUGCCAGUACAAAAUGGAGUAAGGUGUUCAGCCCUGGAAAUCUUGGUGGCCCAUUCUCUCCAGAUUUUAUUCCUAAUCCCGCACGGGUAGCAAGGAACACUUAUAUCUCAGCUCUCCAAACCACAGUGACUUUGCAUGUAUGCAGCAACUGUAAAUGUGGAUUCAAGUCAGACCGAGCCCUCGCAAGACAUAAGAAGGGUGCCUGCAACCAAGACAAACACAACAUAUCACCUGGUUAUAAGGUUCCAAAACAUUUAAUAAUUCAGAGAAAGUAUUUUAAUCAACGUCAAACUGUGACACUUCAUCAACGUGUUGCACCUCAUCAACGUGUUGCACCUCAUCAACCUGUUGCACCUCAUCAAUCCGUGACCCCUUCAAAACCUGUGACACUUGAUCGGAAGAAAGCUGCAAGUACCGUUAAACCAUAUCAAACAAAGGAACCACAUCAUAAACAUAGUAUCAGUGACACAGACACCCAAAAAACAAUAAACUUACUGAAUGAUUUUGUAAAUAAACUUCGAAAUGUGAAGAAAAAUCAAAGAGAACAAGAAAACCUUAUUGAAACAGCAAAUUCAAAAGUGAAUGUUAAUUUUAACACUGCUGACAAAAUUGUUGUUAUUGAUGAUAAAAACAUGGAUAAUGAAGUCAUUGACAAUGAAGCCAUUAACAAUGAAGUCAUUGACAAUGAAGCCAUUGACAAUGAAGCCAUUGACAAUGAAGUCAUUAACAAUGAAGCCAUUGACAAUGAAGCUAUUGACAAUGAAGUCAUUAACAAUGAAGUCAUUGACAAUGAAGUCAUUGACAAUGAAACCAUUGACAAUGAAGCCAUUGACAAUAAAGUUAUUGACAAUGAAGUCGUUGAUGUCCAGCCUAUGCAGGAUAACACAGUGUCCACAGAUGAUUCAAGUGAACACAAUUUAAGUGAUGAUGAGGAAUAUGUUCCUGAAAUAGAUGCCACUAAUGAACAGGAAAAUAUUACGAACAAUACAAAUACUACACUUCCUGAAUUUGAUUAUCGGCAACAUUAUAAAAAUUAUCAAAAACCCAUGUUGCUAAAUCCACCAGCAGAAGAGUAUAAGUUGGAAAAUUUUACGGGUCAGUAUACAGAAACUGUCAAUCAUUUGGGUGAACAAACAUUAGAAUGUCUCAGAUGCAAUCGGGUCUUCAGGCAACUUAUGUAUGCAUCUAAACCAGAGGACAAAAAUGUAAUUGCGUACCAUUUGUAUUUACACAAUAAAGGAAAACUGACUUGUGCAAUUUGUAACUUGGAUACACAGUCAUUGGAUGAUCUUAUAGAGCAUGAGAAAGAGAGCCAUCCUGUUGAGCUGGUGUGUGAGUCGUGCCGAGGGACAAAAAGGAAAUUCACACAAACACAGUUAGAUUUACACAAAUGCAAACACAUUGCAGGAUAUGUGUGCUCCAUAUGUGAUAUGUGCUGCGUAACGGAAUCAGGGAUGAAAUUACAUAUAUUAGCAAAACAUAAACCCUCUGACACUGAGGAGCCAGAUGAGAAAACGAAGAAGGACAGACCCGACCAAAAUGUACGCAAGUGCGAUGUAUGUGGAGUUACAUGUUCAAAUAAGGAAUAUCUUGCGAAACACAUGGAUUUAUGUAAUUUGCCUGGUAUUGAAAGCCUUAUAUGUAAACACUGUGGAUAUAAAGCUAAAGAAAAGAAUCAGCUGUUACUACAUAUGCAGAUGAUUCACCUAAAACAUACGUUCACUUGUUCAAAAUGCCCAGCUACGUUCACUCUAAAAUCCAGUAAGGAAAGACACUUCAUUUCCAAGCACACAGAUGAACAUCCAUUUAAGUGCAGAAUUUGUGGUGAGCGCUUUGUUAGAAAAGAGAAGCUUAUAGAGCACAUGGAACAGAUACAUGAUGGGGAAAAGGCAGGCAAGUGUAUGACUUGUCGGUAUUGCGAUGAAACCUUUAUAAGACAAGACCAUCUUAAACACCAUAUGAGAGUGAAUCAUAGGGGAUUAGAGAAACAUUAUGACCAGAUUGCUCAAUGUAAGGAGUGCCACUUUUACUUCAUAAACAACUAUGACCUUGUCAUCCACAUGAGGACAUAUCAUCCAGAUGUAGUAAAGAAAUAUGAUGACAUAGCCAUCUAUGUUUGUGAUGAAAAAGACUGUGACUUCGAGGCAAACUCAAAAUGGGAUGUAAAGCAACAUAAAAGAUGUGAACACAAGAUAUACAGUAAAGAUGAUGUGAAUAUUCAACAGAUCGGGGACAGUGAUGAACUAAUGUGUGGAGAAUGCAUUGAAGUGUUUCAUGGUAAAGAAGAUAUAAGUGCCCAUUUUGAGUCUGUUCAUGGCACUGUUGUCUUAUUUCAUAGAGAUGGUACAUUUACAUCUGCUCCCAAGAAUAAGGUGUUUGGAGUCAGCAAAAUGAGCAAACCUGAAGUUGUGGACAUUUUAGUCCAGGUUAUCAACAGGUAUGAUGUUGUCAUUAUCCAAGAAAUCAGAGAUAUCUCUAACACUGCAAUACACCAACUACUGGCUGAUGUUAAUAAGGGAGGUGGAGAUUGGCAGAUGGAGCUAAGUGAAAGACUUGGGAGAACCAGUUCUAAGGAGCAAUAUGCUUUCUUCUACAGAACAAGUGCAUUGAGGGUACAAAGGACUCACCAAUACAAUGAUCCAUUUGAUGUCUUUGAGAGGGCACCUUUCAUGGUUUUGUUCAGAUCUCAGAGCUCUGAUAUUCCUGAUUUUGUGUACCUUGGUAUCCAUGUCAAACCAUCAGAUGCAGUGGCUGAAAUAGAUAACUUGGCUGAUGUUUACUAUGAAUCAAGUGACAUCUUUGGAGAAGAGAACAUGUUGAUUGGGGGAGACCUGAAUGCUGCCUGUAAUUAUGUAAGGGCCUCAGAUUGGAACUAUAUUGAUCUGUGGACUGACCCGACAUUUUACUGGCUUAUUGGAAAUGGAGCCGACACAACUGUUUCAAACACUGACUGUGCCUAUGACAGAUUUAUUGUGGCUGGUGACGCUCUCAAGUCAUCAGUGGUUGCAGGGAGUCCGACAGUGUUCAGGUUUGAUACAGCAUAUGGUCUCUCAUACACUGAGGCUUUGAGAGUGAGUGACCAUUACCCAGUGGAGCUGCGACUUGGCUAGAGAUAUGAGCUGAUAACAGCACUACAUUUAGUUUAGAAAUUGAACUAAACUCAAAAGAGUUCAUUUCAUAUUGAUAUUUCUUGUAAUUCCUUUGAUUUGACAUAAAUAAAUAAUUGCAAUAAUA